AAAUCGGUACCCGAUUGGUUUGAGGACGCUGUUGUAAGAUGGCGCCCAGCGGAAUAUGAGAGUAGUGAAAAAAAAAAAGAAAAGAAAAGAAAUUGAACAGCAAGCGGAAAAAAAAGCGAAGCAUUAAGUAGCUGCUGAAAACACGAAUAGCAUUUGGUUUCCUUGCGUGUUGGAAGAGGAGCGUUGUGAACGACUUGAACCUGAACUUGUAAACACAGAGGUUUCUACCUCGCCUAAGUGAUCACAGUGUGCAGCGAUGAACAAUUCCAUGGAUGGCACCAGCUCCUAUGAGGAGCUAGUGAGACAGAAAGCUCGGAGCAUCCCUCAACAUCGCAUGAAGGAGUUCCUGGAGUCCUUGGCCAGCAAAGGUCCGGAUGCUCUGCAAGAGUUCAGCCAGCAAAGUGGAGACACUACAACCACCACUACGACCAUGGUUUACCAACAAGAUGCCAAUUGCAUCUAUACAGACAGUACAGAAGUGGCCGGGUCGCUGUUGGAGCUGGCAUGCCCGGUUCAGGUGCAGGUCCAACAACAGCAGCAGCAACAGAUACAGGAGUCUACAUCUCAGCAGCACUCUGUGCAACAGAAUGCAGAACAACAGAUUGUGCAGGUGCAGAUUCAAGGCCAGCAGCAGGGCCAGCUGCUUGGUCAGGUUCUCCAGGUUCCUGCCGGCUCCCAUCAGCAGCUGCAGGGCAUAACCACAGCACAGCUGAUUCAACCUGGGGACCUGACAGAGGAACAGCAGCAACAGCUGCAAGCCCAGCUGGUGGCAGCAGUGGCGGGCGGACAGCAGAUCCAGAUCCAGACUGUCGGGGCCCUCUCACCCACCCAGCAGCAGGACGGUACAGACAGAAGGGUGAUGGGAACCACAGUUGCCACGUCCCAAGCAGCAGGGGUCCUGCAGCCAGCCAAAAAGCGUAAGGUGGACAUGCCCAUUACUGUGUCAUAUGCCCUGCCUGGUCAGCAGGUAGCCACGGUCUUGGCUAUCCCCCAGGGUCAGGGCCAGCAGCAAAGUUAUGUGUCCCUGCGGCCCGACCUGUUAACUGUAGACAGUUCCCACCUUUACAGUGCUACUGGUACUAUCACCAGUCCCACAGGUGAGACCUGGACCAUUCCCGUGUACUCUGCUCCCGCUGGAUCCGGAGGCCGUGAGCAGGUCACACAUAUUGCCAUCCCCCAGGAGGCUUAUGGGACAGUGCAGGUGGCAGGGACAAACACUACGACAAUGACCACAAUGCCAACGCAGGUCACCGUUGAGAGUGACAAGCUGAAAAGCCCGUCUAGCCAAAGUCAGACCGUGCAGGCGGUGUCCAGCAUAACGAGCUCCGCGGGCAUGGGCAACCAGGAAGAAGUGGUGCACACGCUGGCCGCCAACACGCUUUUCCCCGCCCAGCUGAUGAACGGCAACAUCCACAUUCCCGUGGCCGUACAGAGCUACUCCAACGCCACGCAGUCCAUUAUCUGGGACCCGCAGCAGCAGGUGCUGCACACACAGGGGCUGCCGGGGCAGGAUGGACAGCAGCUGCAGGGUCAGACUGUGGUGGCAGAGGUAGACGGCCAAGGCCAGCAGCAAGUCCAAGUGCAGGAGCUGCUGCUGCCCAUCACGCUGAAGCCAGAGGAGGGGCUGGACGUGUGGCGCCUCUGGGCUCAGGGCAAAAACGCAGAGCUGGACAAAUCUGAUCAGAACAAACUUGCUCCGAUCGGACGACGGCAGGCACUUCGUUUCCAAGAGGACUUGGUGUCGUGCGCGGUUGCUGAGCUCUGCAUGGGCCUGUCCUUGAUGACCACCGAGGCUCGGGGGCUAGAAGGAGAAUCAUAUGAGGGGGAUGUACUUUAUUAUAUAUUUCUCUGUAUACAAAAAUAUCUGUUUGAUAACGGUCGAGUCGACGACAUUUUCUCAGAUCAGUACUACACUCGGUUCGUGCAAAGUCUUCAUCAAAUCUUGGACCCUUGGAGGCCGUCUGUUCAUCCGUUAGGAUAUGUUAUUCCCAGUCACGUAACAGAGGAGAUGCUGUGGGAGUGUAAACAGCUGGGAGCUCAUUCUCCAUCAACAUUGCUCACAACUCUCAUGUUCUUCAACACAAAGUAUUUCCAUCUAAAAACUGUGGAGCAACAUCUAAAACUGGCCUUCUCGAAGGUUUUGAGACACACCAGGAAGAGUCCCAACAAUCCCAAAGACAAGAGCACCAGCAUACGGUACCUAAAGUCAGCAGAGAGGUUCAUAGGACAGAAAGUGACGGAUGACAUGUACUCUGAACAACUGGAGGACCCAGAGAACCCGCUGCGCUGCCCUAUCAAGCUCUAUGAUUUCUACCUCUUCAAAUGCCCCCAGAGCGCUAAAGGUCGCAACGACACCUACUACCUGACCCCUGAGCCGGUGGUGGCUCCGAACAGCCCCAUUUGGUACUCGACGCAACCCAUCCCCCGGGAGCACCUGGAGCAGAUGCUCGCCCGCAUCCUCGUCGUCCGUGAAAUCCAGGAAGCCCUUAACAUGUCGGAGAGCGUGCACUAGUUGGACCUGUACAGAAGGAAAAACAGAAGGGACCCCUCCUGUUUUCAUCACCCAGCCUUUGAUAGCUCAUUAUGAGUAGUUUGCUCUUCUCACCUCCCGCCCCAUUGUUUUGGGGCGGCAUGUAUCUGUUUAUACUGUGUGCCGGCCUAGCUUGGACACAAACUGUACAUAAACUCAAAAUCAACAGAGGACGGUGCGUCUCAACGAGGCAGUUGCCUUUUUUUUUUUUUUGUUUGUUUUGGCCAAAGGAUAUAGUCUAUUUUUAUUUUUUAUUUUUUUAUUUUUUUUUUGUGGACCUAAACUUUAAUUUAAAAGUUAUUUUUAACAGUUUGUUCACCUCACCGAUGGAGUCUGGUACAAACGUUAAUUUUCGUACCUGUUUUAAUCUGUAAUAUAUUGUCACCAUUGUUGGCCUACACUAUGCUGCUUUUCCUUUUUUUAUUUGUUUUGUCUGCUUUGGUCGCUGUCUCACAGUAAAUACCUCUGUGGUGUCAGAACUGUAUUAGGAAGAUGAAGCUAGGUAUAAAAAAAAAAAAAAGAGUACUUUUAAGUUAUGUAAUUUUUCUUUUCUGAUUAGUACUUUUGUUUGGGUCCAGCUAACAGCUCAUUUGGAGAAGCUGAGCUUUUGAGAUUACCUGCUUAAGGGCGCCCUCUGCUGGAGCUCGUCGGUAUUGGACCACGUUAGGACAUGAAUCCUCUCCAUGGAUUUGAUUGCAACAUGCUGGCACUUUCCGCAGGUGGAAGGCGUGGCACAGGGACGGCCCUGGACGCUGACCUCUGCUGGAUUCUUUCUCUCUCGAGGACAUCAACACAAAAGACUAAAGAGGGAUCAAAUGUAUCAUGUCGACUGCCCCUCCAUGAAAGA